AUGCUAUAUAUGAAGGACUUGGAUGUCCGACCGCGUAGUCUAGAGGUGAAAGAGUUCCCUUACACCACCGCCACAUUCUUUAACAACUUCUUUUUUGGUGUUUCUUCGAGAACAAUAAUGUCGCUCGCUAGAAUUUCCAAGGCUUCGGUCUUGGCCGUGCUGGCCGUGUGCGCCUCCGCCACAUGCGCUUCCAGCAGCAAGAACUCUACUUCCGGUCUUGUGGCUUCGACCUACUUCGCCGGAUACCACGCCAACCGCGGCUUCCCCGUGUCUGCCAUGCCAUGGGAGAAGUACACCGAUGUCAAGUAUGCCUUCGCUGAGACAUCCGAGGACGGCAGCCUCAACUUGACCAAGUCCGCUCCCGAUCAGCUCCCCGCCUUCGUCUCGGCGGCCCACGAGAAGGGUGUCAAGGCCCUUGUCUCUAUUGGAGGUUGGACUGGCAGCCGCUGGUUCAGCACUGCCUUUGGUAGCGCAGAGAACCGUACCGCCUUUGUCAAGACUUGCCUCGACCUUGUCGAGAAGUAUUCUUUGGACGGUCUGGACUUUGAUUGGGAGUACCCUAACCGCCAGGGUCUUGGUUGCAACGCCAUCAACAAGGACGAUACCGCCAACUUCCUUACCUUCCUUAAGGAGCUCCGCCAGAAGCAGCCCAAGGAGCUCUACCUGACUGCUGCCAGCAGUCUGUUCCCCUGGUACGACGCUACUGGUGUCAGCAGUGUCAACGGCACUCUGAGUGGCUUUGCCGAUGUCCUUGACUACGUCAUGGUCAUGGCCUACGACAUCUACGGUGCCUGGGCAACUACUGGCGGCCCCAACGCGCCUUUGGCUUUCGGUUGCGACUCGCGCAACAACCAGGGCGGUGCCAAGGAGGGUGUCGAGAAGUGGGUUAACUCUGGCAUUCCCGCCAACAAGAUCGUCCUCGCCGUCGCUGCUUACGGACACGGCUUCUCCGUCAACUCCACGAGCGCUUUCUCUGGAAGCAACACCCUCAACGCCUACCCCCCUCAGAACAGCAGCAACCGCUUCCAGGGCAGCAGCUGGGAUGACGACCCGCGCGUUGAUGAGUGCGGCAACGCCUCGCCCCCUAGUGGUACUUAUCCAUUCUGGAGCUUGAUCAAGGAGGCCAACUUCCUUGACGAGACCGGCAAGCCUCGCGAAAACAUUGCCUACGGCUUUGACAACUGCAGCAUGACUCCCUUUGCCUACAACGAGACCGCUCAGAUCUGGGUUUCUUACGACAACCCGGAGUCCCUUACCGCCAAGGGCAAGUACAUUAAGAGUGCCAACCUGGCUGGGUUCGCCAUGUGGGAGGCUGGUGGCGACUACAAGAACACUCUUGUUGAUGCUAUUCGCUCUGCUGUCGGAUUGUAA